GUCAAAAUCGGUUACGACACUGGUAUAGCGAAGGGCGUUUAGCAGGUCGCUUGCCCCGACAUCGUGUCCCGUAGCCGGCGUGUCUACCAACGGGCGUCCGCUCGCUUUCUUCACUUCCUUCGUACGUCUAUACACCAGUUCACUCUUGGUUUUCUACUUUUUUUCUCUCUCUCUCUUUGGAGAAGAAAGUCUUGCCUGCCUCCUGCUUGCCAGGUUUGUUGGAGUCGUCGUUCAGACUCGCCCGGAUGUUCCGGGACGGGAUGCCGUCCUGUUUUUUUUCUUUUUGAUAUCCGGAAGUUAUGAUUCUCAGUCUGUGUGCCAUGCUACAACUGAAGGCAACGUGUCAUAGCCCAGCUUUACCGCACAGUGUAAAUAGCCACUGGCUUCGUGCGAGGAACACCAUUUACUCUCGCGACGAAGGCUCGGGCAGGAAUUGCAUUCAAAAGCGUUGGGAUCUUUUUUUCUUCUAAAAACGACGAUCGUACAUGGAACAGAAAUCUACCCUCGCAGAAACGUGGAAGUCACACGCAAGAUAACUUUACCGUCUUGACAACAUCAGUGUACGGCAAACGCAGCACCUAUCACCAGUGAAGCCGUCGUUAACUUGUACCGUAACGACUGCCAUUUCUGCGGCCUGGCACAAAGAUGCGUCGCUCGGUCACGUAAGGAGGUCCCGGGAGCAUAGUCUGUCUCGUCAAGUCUGGAUUCUUUUUUUAUUAUCCCCAUACCUGCCAUCCAGACAGUCUUGUAUAGUAUCACUUUCAUUUUGAAAUAUUUUCAGUGCGGACAGACGUAGCAGCGGGAAAGUCGUCCAAGCAAAGCCUCGUAUUCAACAACAUGUAUCCCCGCCCUACGCCCUCUACCGUCACGAUGACGCUGCUGCUGCACUUUCUGGUAGUCUCGCUCUCCAGGCUGACAUGGGGCCAACAGCUGCCCACGCGGGACGAGGAAAUAUUCCAGCUGCAGAUGGCCAACCCAGAGUCUGUAGCGGAUACCAAGGUGCUCCCGGAUGGGGCUGAAACGAAAGGCUACGUUUUUCAAGGCACCCGUAAAUUUUUUUACUUCGUGGUGGAGGAGGAUAGUGCACCAGUGGCCAUCACAGUCACGCCGUGUGCUGCCCAAUUAGACUGGACCCUGUCCCUCAUGGAUCUACCUGAGGACGGCAGUGGCUCAAGUGACGACCAGUUAAGUGAACAGCGCCCUCGCCGUCACCCGAACCCAAAGCAGGGCACGGUGGUCAAGACGUACGUGGGGUAUGACGUCAGCACCUACGUCACCUACAACUCCCCAGCAGGCAUCUACACGCUGGAGAUUAAGAGUCCGGAGAAGAGCACCAGCGUCCAGAUUUAUGCAACCACCACGCCGGAUUCGGAUCACCUGUACCCGGAGCUGCCGACUGAUCCCCGACUCGACAUCACCUCGUUCAGAAAGAACAAAGUGUCACUAGCCUGGAAGCCCAGCCCAUCCGAUGUUAUCUACCGAGAGCCCAUCGUGUACUGCGUGGCGAUCAAUUCCAGGCAGAACUACCACACCUGGUGCAGCGUGCAGUCGUGUCUGUACGGAGACCAGCCGCCCGCACAGCCGGAACACACCGGGUUUGGGUUCGAGCAUGAGCGGGCGGAGAGGCGCCAGCACCGGCGAGAUAAAACUGCGGACAAGGAGGGAAGAGCACGUGACAGAGAAGGAGGAGAAGAAGAGGAUAUCAUUGUGGAGUGUGUGGGGAAGAAAACACUGCACACCUUCACCAACCUGGAGCCAGCAAAGCGAUACUACUUCGACCUCUUCGCUGUGGAUGAGACCAACAAUAGGAGUGUGGCUUACAUUGGUACCUCCAUCAUCACACGGCCAGGACCUGAGAUCAGAAAACAUAUCGUCCUCAAGGAUGGAAAGCUCCGUACGUCCUCGGUCCGUAAGUCCUCCCCAGUCAAGACCUUCGACUUCAGCGUGGGUGAAACGGUGAAAGAUGUGAUGGUGACUGUGCAGCCCUGCAUCGAGUCCGUUCAGGCAGAGGUGUGGCGAGACGGUACCAAGAUACGGAGCUCCAACAUCCGUAACCUCAAGGACUUCUGGAUUCGUGACAUCUCGGGUGACAUCGAGAUCAAGGUCAAGAGCCUUCGUAGAGGGUCCACGCAUUUCAGAAUCUUCGCCACCACGCGGCCCAACAAGUACCCAUUCCCCCGGCUGCCUGACGAUAAGCGAAUCAAAGUCUUUGAGAAUCUCCGGCAGUGUGACUCGGUCACGUUGGCGUGGCUUAGCACCAAAGAGGUGUCGCAGUACUGCCUGUACAAGCGGGUAGACAAACAGGCCAAGAGGCCCACGAAAAGAUCCCGAGGUCGCAACAGGCAGUGUCUGGAGCCUGACAUGAGAAAGAGAACUGAAAAAGUCAUCUGUAGAUCCAUCAGUGGGACAGAUGUCGACAGGGAUGUUCUCAUGGAGGAAGUUAGUGGGUUGUCGCCCGAUACGACGUACAUCUUCGAUGUUUACGUAAGCAGCUUUGGUAAGCAAACGUUGGCGUAUAGGAGUGCUACAGUCACAACGAAGAAAAUCUGCUGAUUCGAGAUAUAAACUUAGCUCUGUGGAGACUUUAAUUCACUGUAACGUUGCCGUACGACCGACGAGGCGCCCUCUACAAGAACGCCCUCUGUUGAGUACUUACCACAUGAACGACGACAUAUCGUGAUAUGGAGAACCAAGUGGCAAGACAAUAUUAUACAAUUAUACCAGGACGUAAGCGAUAGACUUAAACGUUUGUGAUCCAUAAGGCUGCGAUUGCAAACCGCGACUGGUGCUAAAUCCAUUCACACGAGGGCGCUGUGAUGUUUCAUAGACAGGUCGGCUUUAAAGAGUGCCACUUUUUCCUAAGUGACGUUGACAAGGCGAACAUUGGCUGCGUUCGGAUGCUCCAUUUUUUUAGCGCUUGUACGAAAAGGACAGUAUACGGUUGUGUAAAUCAAAAGACUGAUAACCGUAACUUCAGUGCUAAUGGCAAACCUGGUAUUCUUGCUUUGUACUAUAUACUUUGUUUUGGAGAGGGAAGGCAUUUAUUUCGACCAUUGUAAUUUAUAUGUACAUGUAUAUUGAACCGUGAGAAGGAACGGCGGCCGAGGAUUGGUCUUGAUUCGGUGUAUAUAAUCGUUUGAUGCAAAGGACUUGUCAAGAGCCGAUUAUAUCGGCUGAAACCAGACUGGGUUUGCCCAAAGGCAAUGCCCAGGCACGCUAGUACACUGCCUAAUGUAAAAGUAAUCACAGUUAUGUAUAAACUAUUUACGAGAUUACUCAAUACGUUUCUCUAUCUUGCUAUUACAUGUAUACAGACUUUGAUGCGCAUCUUUUAUAAUAAACUGGAAACGCUCGCAGGUGUGGCGUGCGGACCUGUGCCAUGUGCAUGUAUAUAAUGGCCUUAUAGAAAAUAAAUCUUCGCUUUUGUGGUAAACCAGAGCAUUAAGGCUACUCAAAAACAUACGGCAAAGCUUUUCGACACUACUUUUUGCUCAUGAUCUAGUAUCGAAGCACAUGUUAGGUUUUUUACCUUUUUGAUUUUUUUUUCUUCAAAAUUACAUUGGCUUAUUUCAAAACAUUGUGCUCAUGGCUCUUCCUGCUUCGAAUGUGUCUGCUGCCACCUGCAGACAAAACCCUUCCAGUUUCGCACCUGCGCACAAGCGGCAAAGCAGGCUGGUGACUGACGCAGGAGUGCUAUUUAUUUACUGUAACGAAGUCAAGGGAAUGACCGAUAUUGCUUGUGCUCCUGAAUAAUGCUCAUUAUUAUUUUGUAAGCUCAUUAUUAUUUUUGUAAGCUACUCGACUUACUAUGGCAAAAUGGUGGGUUUUUUUUCUAAGUUUAUUUUUGUGUACAUAUUCAUCACCAAAUUUCGCGCAUAAAAGGUUACUUAUGAAUUACAUGUACAUGUAACACGUUAAAUUUACCAAUUUACAAACAAUAUUUAACUUUGCGUACAAGUAAUGUCACUCAUCAUCAUUUCUGUACGGAUCAGUAUAACCGUAUUUUAAGCUUCCCAAGCGCUAGGUUUUUUUUUUUUGCAUUAUGCAUUGUUUUUUAAACUUACUUUGAAACGACUUAUAAUGUACCCUCUGUUCAAUACAGGGUGAGUCACAAAAA